CAAUGGAGGAAAGAGAGAAAGCCAAAGCCUUCCAGCAACGACGCAGGCGAGCCGCGAAAUUGUCUUCGUUCUUUGGUGUGGAGUAUCGUGAGCUCUUCACGGAAGUUUUGGACACGAUUGAAGAUGAGGUCAAGAGCGAUGCCAAAAGGGGCAGCUUGACGACCGAAGAAGUCCGAGAAUUACUUGUAAAAUUGCGCGAGCUUAAAACUCGCUGAUUGCCUAUGUGUCUGUACUGUAUUUUGUUGGGUUGUCAUUUAUAUUCGAUUAAUAACGAGCUGAGUCUCAUCUAUCCUGAAAAAGUGGUGUCAUGAUCUGAGACCCAAGCGCGGGUA